AUGCCUUCAGGACAAGGAGCCGGUACAAACCCCAUCCACAACAAGCAGAAGAAGAAGAAGGCCGUCGAGCUCGAUGAGGAUGACCUCGCCUACAAGCAAAAGCUCGCUGCCGAGAAGAAGCAACGUGAGGAUCUAGCCAAGACGGUCGGCAAGGGCAAGGGACCGCUCAACACCGGCUCCCAGGGCAUCAAGAAGUCUGGCAAGAAAUAA